GAUGAGAGCUACCAGAAGCGCUUGGUUGAGUUUUCUGCUCGAAUUCCUGCUUCUCCUUGGGAUCCAGCUUUGCGAUGUGAUUGAGGGCCGACAUAACGCCAUGAAUCGCCUGCAGAUGGGUGGAAGCUUCCAGGAUCCACGUGAGGAGCAUAUGGUGCGCCAACAAAUGGCAACGAAUGUUCAAAAGUACAUGAACCUAAGCGUCGAUCCCUGUACGGAUUUCUUUGAGUACGCCUGUGGCAAGUGGGGUGGUUAUCACAAGCGGCAGCUUCGCCCGGGAGAGUUCGCCACAGCCCAGCAGGUGAUGGAGUCCAAAAUCUCGGACCAAUUGCAACACCUACUCACGCAGCCCCUUCAACCACAAAAUCAUCCGAAUGGCUAUAGUGGUCCCAGUAUGGCGAAUGUCCGAAAAGUGAGAGCCUUCUACGAAUCCUGCGUGGCCGUGGAAGCAAAUGCCCACGAAAGACGUCAAUUCCUGAUGAAGAUUCUUAAGGACAACGGAGGACUGCGCAAUGUGCCCAACUCCAAUUGGCAGCAUAACCGUCAGUGGGUGCAAACUAUGGGUGAAUUCAGAAGGAACUACGGAUUGGAAAUACUUCUGGGUUUGGAAAUCGAUCUGAACCUACAGAAUAUGCAAGGGAAUAGCAUAUACCUUGGUGAGCCCAAGCUAACCAUAAUCCCUGCAGAGCACUGCAAUGCCUUGGCCACGCUGGGAGCUCAAGUGAAGGAUGAGGUCUAUGAGCAGGUGCAGCAGCAAGUGACGGACAACAUGCGCGAUUGGUUUGGCUUGGAAACCGGCGAGGCGGCUCGGUUUGCAGGAGAUAUAAUCCGUUUCGAAUUUGAACUUUGUAAGCAAAUAGGAGUGCAGGAUAUUCAAAAGCCCGAGGAGGAGUCUCAACCUCUGGGGCCGGUUCCCAUUUACGGAGCACGCUCGCGAACUGGCCAAGAGCGUUUGCGUCGCCAAAAUGGAGGAGUGACCCUGGUCGAUCUGACCAACGAGAUGGGCAAUCAGUUGGACUUCAAAAUGUUUGUAGAGGUCACCCUAGAGAGUCGGUAUCCAGAAAAAGUCUACCUCCGCUCCCCGGAAUACUUAAAACAUUUGGUCAAGACUGUUAGAGGCAACAACCGCAUCACCGUUGGUGGCUACAUUAUGUACCUGGCCCUCAACGAACUGAAUCAGCCGCCGGAGGCAGCUCCAUCGGAACGUGCCCGCCAGUGCGUCCAGGUGACGCAGCGCCUCUUUCCCCAGGUUCUGGGUGAGAUGUUCCAGCGUCAUGUGCAGCGCGAUAAUGCCAAACAUGAUUUGGACGAAAUCUUCAACGAUGUGAUCAAGGCGCUCGAGGAGCAGUUCCGUGUGGAAUGGAUGGACGAGAAUGAUCGCAGAGCGGCCAGGACCAGGUCGUCGCAAUAUCGAUUCUCACUGCCGGACUACCAGAGUUUAGAUCUUUCCGAUUUGCAGUUCCAAAAAUCAGAGGACUACUGGCGUCGAUUGGAGAUCGUUCUCAAAUAUCAAUCUCAUCAGCAGUUCGAGCGCCUGAAAGGCAACAGUUUAAAUUCGGAAGGAGGGGACCUGGAGGCAUUCGAGGUGCGAACUGCCCUAUCUCCGCGUCAGCAAAUGGUCCUGGUGGGAUGGGGUCUGCUGCAGGCUCCCUUCUACAAUUACUACUAUCCCAGGGCACUGAAAUAUGCUCUACUGGGCCAACGAUUGGCCAGCGCAUUGGUUCAGGCCUUCGACGACGAGGGAUGGAACCAUCAUCCACAGGCGACGUCUCAAUGGAACGAGCUAACCAUGUCUGGCUACCGGAAUGUCAGCGAAUGCCAGCGGGCUCAGUACAGCAGUUACUUGUACAAUGAACCUGGCGAAUUUCGCAAUGCCACCAGGCUCAGGGAGAUCAUAGCCGAGGGCAGCGGACUUAACUUGGCCUUUAACGCCUAUUUGGCUUGGCUGGAGCAGCAGGAUCCCAAUAUGCGUUUACUGCUGGCCAAGGAAACACUGCCGGAGCUGAAUUUCACCAACACGCAGUUGUUCUUCAUAUACUUCGCACAGACUCGCUGCUGGGCCAAGGAUAACCAGGAAGCCAUCUUGGAAUCGAUGCCCCUGAUGCAGCACACACCGGAGAGAUGGGAUGUGAAUGGACCGCUGAGCAACUCCGCGGAGUUCGGGCGGGAAUUCGGAUGUGCCCUGGGCACACCGAUGAAUAGUGGAGACAAGUGUUUGGUUUACUGAUGAUGACGAGACGGAAAUAAAAUACUUGGAAAGUAA